AUAGGUUUUCUGUAUUAGAAGAGAAACUAGGCCACCGGAGCACAUCAGUCAUAAAUAAUGCAAGACCUAGCAUUUGGUUUUUGUUUUGCAGACAUCAUUGAAGCGCCACUGCACUUCCUGCAGCUGAGAGAGAACAGGUUUAACGUCUGAAGAAGGUGAGAGCGAUUCUGACACAGGACUUUGUCUGAAGGACAAACUAAAAUAGAAAAGAGGAAGUUCAUUUUCUCUGGAACCCUAAAAUAAGUAUUAUAGUCUAAAGUUACUGUGAAGAGAAGAACAUUAACGGGGUAUUUCCAGCUUUUUUGGCUAGAAUUAUGUAAUUUAGUCAUGUAUAAAGAAAACUGCAUCGUAUCUGACUGAGGCAGGAAUUACGUCUCGAUGACAUCACAGUCAGAAGAAAGAAAAGAUGCAAUCACGCUGACCUUUUCUAUCUCUCUGUGUUUAAUCUUUUUUUGCUCCAGAAGGCAAAAGAGGAGGUCUGGGGGGGAGGACCUGUUAGAGGGGGAGGUUUAAAGAGGAGAGAGCAAGAGGAGGUGGAGUCAUAACAGAGGAAAGCAGAGCGGUGUGCUUUCAGAGAGGACAGAAGCGGAUACAUCUGAGCAGAAACUGUCGCCUUCUAAAGAUGGAUUUAAGUUUUCUCCAAGUUCUGGAGAGAGAACGCGUCCUGGAGGUUCUUCACAGAGACAAACAUCUGCGGAAGAUUGAAGAGGAGAGGAUCAGGAAGAUGAAGUGCGAUCUGCAGGACCUGCGGAGGAAGGGCGCAAAGAGCUACGCCCGGCAGUACGGGGAGAGGACCUGCGCCCGGUGCCAGAGGCCUCUGGGGAAGUUCUGGAACACCGGCGCCGUGUGCCGCGGCUGCAGCCACCGCAUCUGCAGCCGGUGCCGUGUGGGGGUUGCAGACUGGAAGUGCACCGUGUGCCAUGCUUACAGGGAAGUGAAGAUCAGAUCAGGAGAAUGGUUUCUGGAAGAAAAGGCAAAGAAAUUUUCUGCCACCAAAGACAAAUAUGAGACAGUGGGAGAGAAACUACUAAACCUCUACACUGUGCAGAGACACAUCGCCGUUGUGCCUCCAACUCCUCCACCUCACCUGGAACAGGAUUUUAGAGGCAGAUUUAGGGAACUGAAGAAUUCAAAGGCUUUUACACAAUCUAUGGAGGAUCUUAAGGAUUGCUUCAAGAGUCACAUUAGAAAAUUUUCCAAUUCUCAACAUGAUGUAAGAGGAGACCUGCUGACAGUUGACCUAAACCAAAAGGGGACAUGUUUUCACUACAGCACCCAAAAGAGCCUGUCAGACACGGACAUCAGCAAAUCUUGCUCCCUCUCUAAACGUGAAAGUCUUCCAAACUUGUUCAAGAAAAGCAAAGACAGCGACCACGAAGGUUCAUCUACCGGUGCAGAGGAAGAAACCUCAUUUAGCUCAGAGCACUCUUUCAAUCACAGAGGCAGCAUCAGUAGCAUUGGCACCGAGAGUGGCGUCUUUGAGGGCAUCCUUGUAACCGGGGAGAUGGAGCUCGCCGUGGCCUACAACAGCAGCAGCUCCUGUCUGGAAAUCACAGUGGGCGCCUGCAGAAACCUGGCGUACGGAAACAGCAAGAAGAAGAAGAGUCACCCAUACGUGAAACUCUACGUGCUGCCGGACAAGAACAGUAAACUGAAGACAGCAGUGAAGAAAAACACGACCGACCCUGUUUAUAAUGAGGUUUUUAAGUAUAAUAUAGAGCGCCAUCUGCUGUUUGGAAAGAGACUGCAUGCAUCUGUUUGGCAUUCAGGGCCCCUGAAAAGGAAAGUGUUUCUGGGUGAGGUGCUGCUUCCUCUGGACGGCUGGAGACAAGAGAACAGCACCUUCCAAGGCCUCUACUGGUACCCGCUGUGUCCGAAGACUGAGACUGGCACAGCAGAGUACAAUGGUCACUGAACCUUCUACCAUCCUGGGGAAGACAAAGAGGCCAAAGCUUCACCUGGAGGAGGACUGGAUGUACUCUAAAAACAGCAGACGUCUGCUUUCAGACGCCUAUAGCAACACUUUACGUUAAACUUAAUCUAUGAAGCAUACAAAUCAAAAUACUAUGUUAUGGAAAUCGAGUUUUUCCCCUGGAAAAAACAUUUAUAAAAGUCAGUGCAUAAAGUCUACUCCUAAAUUAAAUAUAUGGUCUUUCUCUGUUAGCUUGUCUAAAGUUUGCAAAGGCUUUAAUAUCAAUUUGGACCAAGCCGGUCAAUUACAGCUGGAAGUGAAACUGAAAAGAUUUCAGACAAAUUUGAAUUAAUCUUUAGACAAUGUAUAAAGUUUCUUCAGUUAGAUAAUCUGUAAAAUAUAAGAGAAUAUUAACUGUAUUUUAUAGGUAUGGUUGUGUGUAUUGAUGCUUUAGGUCCUUUUUUUCUACUAGAGUCAGUAAUUUAUGACUAAAUCUGUUAUCUAAAAUUAACAUUUUAAUCCAAAAAUGUUUUGCUCCUUAAGAUUAUUUAUGACAUCUAGAGUAUUCCAACCUCUAAUCAUGAAUAACUUGUUUUUAAAAUAGUAAAUUUGGAGUUUGAGUAUCUUUGUUUAUGUACACACAAUUAUUCACUAUGUUAAGUCUUCCUUUUGGUAGCUCUCCAAAAGGAAGACUCUUUACUAUGUGAACUCUGCACCCUGUUGGCCAACGCGUUUCUGUCUUUACCUUCAAAAUCAACAUGUAUCACAUCUUCAAAUACAACAAACACUUUUCCCUAAGAGUAGAUUGCAUGUUAAAUAAAGUAGGCUUCAAAAAUGUAGUGAAUGAGGUUUAUUCAUAAAUCACAUUUAUAGUAGAACAACUUCUAAAUGAUCAUUAAUUUAUUUUUAAUUCACAAUUCAUGCCAUAAAAAAAUGGACCCACUUUAAAUCACCAAAAUAUUUAGUGCUUACAAAUGUAACCGUUUAAAGUAAAGUGUUGCUGCCUUUCAGAUUCAGAUCCCUCGUUAAUCUUUAGUUCUUCAACGUGACGAUUUUAAACUCUGCAUCUCAAACGAGACGAUCUGAAAGCACUGGCAUGUCUGACAAACGUAACCUGGAGCUACAGCCGCCGCAUCGCAGGAAGUGGUUUCUUCAGCAGGACGAGUGGGUCCGGCUGGCUCUUCAGCAUUUCGUCCUGCACAAUGAUGCCUUUCUUGUUUCGGAGCAUGUGAGAGACUUCCUCUGGUUUCAAGGCUUUGGCACGCUGUUGCUCUGGAAGGAGAGCUGCAGUCGAUGACACAGUAUUUUUCAUGAGUCGCCAUGGCAACUGGAAAACUGCCUGACUUCACUUGACUCUUGCAAACAGACAGAAAACUUGGCGAUACUCAACAUCCCUCAGACUAAGUUUUAUUAUUAGUAUUAUUAUCAUUAUCAAACUACUGGGCACUUUAUUCUUUAUGUUCCUUUUGUCACAACUAUCUUUUAUUCAUAAUGCUUUUAAUUUAUGUUGCCAUUUGUUUAUUAUGUAUUUAUUUCUAACUGUAUGACAACCUGUUUACUGAUACAUUGCAGUAGUAUGAUGACAUAAUCAUACUGCUACUGGAAUAAAAACCAAGUCAGAAAACUUCUCUUCUCUACCUGUAAAGAAGUUUUGACCUACAUUCCAAUAAGUCUUAAAAAUACAAAAAUAAUCACAUAA